UUAGCUCUAGCCCAAGACAUAUAUGCCCACCAAGCAACAAAAAAAAAGCCCAAACUCAAUUCCUUUGAUUUUGCUCCCAACUUAUCUUCUCUUUUUUUUCUCAUCGAACUUGCGCCUUCUUCACCUGGACCAAAAAUCUGUCUGUUUUCAUCUUCAGAGUAUGAAGAUCAUUAGUUAUAAUCGCAUCAUUAAUCCCAGUUUUUUGCUCAUAAAUCAUGAGUUGCCUUCCAACACAUUCCCUCGACCCCAGUUGAUAUCCACUUCAGCUCCAAGUAUUUCAAGUUUCAAUAAGAGGAAAAAGGACUUGAUGAUGAGAUUACCGUGCCGCUUUGCUACAAGAGCUGCUCUUUCAUCUUCAGUGAAGACUGACACUUACGGUAAAAGUAGGAAAGAAAAGAGCUCGUCUUUCUACACUCAUCCUAGUUUAUUAGAGAUGAAGAAUGAGAGGGCAGCCAACCGUGCACGUGUUUAUGAAUUCUUGAGAGGCAUUGGCAUUGUACCUGAUGAGCUUGAUGGAUUAGAGCUUCCUGUGACUGUGGAGGUCAUGAGAGAACGAGUGGACUUUCUUCACAAAUUGGGACUCACAAUUGAAGAUAUUAACAACUAUCCGCUUGUUCUGGGAUGCAGUGUGAAGAAAAACAUGAUUCCCGUGCUUGAUUAUCUGGGCAAAUUGGGUGUUAGAAAAUCCACCUUGACAGACUUUUUGCGGCAGUACCCCCAAGUUCUCCAUGCAAGUGUGGUGGUAGACCUUGCUCCAGUCGUGACAUAUCUUCAAGGCAUGGAUAUUAAACCGAAUGAUAUUCCUCGAGUAUUGGAGAAGUAUCCAGAAGUGUUGGGGUUCAAGCUUGAGGGAACAAUGAGUACUUCAGUUGCGUAUUUGGUAGGAAUUGGGGUGGCAAGAAGAGAGAUUGGUGGGGUUCUAACUAGAUAUCCUGAGAUAUUAGGGAUGCGGGUAGGUCGGGUAAUUAAACCAUUUGUAGAAUAUCUGGAAAUCUUGGGAAUUCCGAGGCUAGCUGUGGCUAGAUUGAUUGAGAAGCAUCCUCACAUUCUAGGGUUUGGAUUACAAGAAAGGAUAAAACCAAACAUUAAAUCCCUUUUACAGUUUCAUGUGAGGGAAACUGCACUUCCUUCAGUAAUUGCACAAUAUCCUGAGAUCUUAGGAAUCGACAUGGAGGCAAAGCUUCCAAGUCAAGAAGAGUUUCUCAAUUCGAUAAUUGAAUCUACUCGUGAAGAUUUCGGGAGAGUCGUUGAAAAGAUGCCACAAAUUAUCAGCCUCAGUAAAGCACCUGUAGUAAAGCAUGUUGAUUUCCUCAGGGGAUGUGGCUUUUCCUCGGAACAAGUGAGAGAAAUGGUUGUGGGAUGUCCACAGGUCCUUGCUCUAAACCUAGACAUUAUGAAGCAGAGUUUCGAGUAUUUCAAAACCACAAUGGCAAGGCCGUUGGAAGAUUUGGUCGCUUUCCCAGCAUUCUUCACUUACGGUCUGGAGUCCACGAUAAAACCAAGACAUGAAAUGAUUGCUGAAAAGGGCUUAAAAUGUUCCCUUGCAUGGCUUCUUAAUUGUUCUGAUGAGAAAUUUGAUCAGCGGAUGAGUUAUGACGUUAUAGACAUGGAAGAAAUGGAAGUAGGUGAAUCAUCCUUUGACAUGAAUACUCUACUGGAGCAUAGAAACGACGAAUCAGCCUCUGAUUACGACGAGGAUUACAGUGAAGACGAUAAUGUAUAAACGACUCGGGUAAUUGUUCUGCUCACCACUCAGAAAGUAUGUAAAUCCCAACUAUUUCAAAUUUCUGUGUUUUGAAUGCCAUGAAGGUGGCCAAUGGGGUUUAAGCAAAUUGAAUAUAGGAAGAGGGACUUUACUAAAAGAGUGAUUUAAUUGGCCAUAUAAUGAUUGUUCGAUUGGUCCCAGUUUCUGAUAUGAACCUUAAAAUUAGAACCCUAGUAGCUAGAUGGGUUGGGUUGGUUGAUCGGCCAAAAAAUGAUUAUUAUCCCGUACGUCAGGUUUGUAUGUGCCCACACUCCUGUUUAUUAUUUUUCAGAACCUUGGGAACUAUCCUAAUUCUUGUAACAAGUAAAUAUCUUCAACAACUCCUUCGAGGGACCUCAAGAGCUUUACAUCUUAUUCUCACUGA